CCAGACUGUGUGUGUUUUGACGUUGUUGUGACGAGCUCCUCGGACCACCACACGAGUCCACAGGCGAGGACCAGGUCCACGUUCUCCAGCUCGGUGCGUAACUGCAGCCGCUUGGCACCAGUGAGCCACUGACACGUGACAGACGCUUCUCUUGCUCCGGCGGCGUCGUUGUUAUCACCACACGGAUAACAAAAGACGGAAGACAAAAUGGCAUCGGACUCUCCACGCAGGCCGAGUCGCUGUGCUGGAGGCGUUCUGGUGCGAGCACAAGCUGCUACGGAGCAGUCCUACAUGGAAAGUGUGGUGACCUUCCUGCAGGAUGUGGUCCCCCAGGCAUACACCGGAGCUCCGCCCACUGAUGAGAAAGAGAAAAUCAUUUGGGUUCGAUUUGAGAAAGCUGACAUCAAUGACACUUCCCGCAAUCCAGAGUUCAUGGAGAUGCACAGCGGCACCACGGACCCCCCUCUUUGCCUCAUGGUCGGCUACACUGACGGGAUGCAGAUCUGGAGCGUAUCUUUGGCAGGUGAAGCCCAAGAGCUGUUCUCCGUGCGCCAUGGUCCUGUGCGAGCUGCCCACAUUCUGCCAGCUCCUCAUAUCAGUCCUCUGAAGACGGACAGUUUUUCUGACAAGAGGCCUCUGUUGGGGGUGUGCAAGAGUACAGGGUCUUCUGGGACAAGCCCUCCCUACUGUUGCGUUGACCUGUAUUCUCUCCGGACAGGGGAGAUGGUCAAAUCAAUUCAGUUCAAGACGCCCAUCUACGAUCUCCACUGCAACAAACAUAUUCUUGUUGUGAGCCUUCAAGAGAAGAUUGCAGCGUUUGACAGCUGCACCUUCACCAAGAAGUUCUUUGUCACAAGCUGCUAUCCCUGCCCCGGCCCGAGCCUAAAUCCAAUAGCUCUGGGAAGCCGCUGGCUGGCCUACGCCGAGAACAAGUUGAUCAGAUGCCACCAGUCUCGCGGAGGAGCUUGUGGUGACAACGCACAAUCCUACACAGCGACAGUGAUCAACGCUGCCAAAACCUUAAAGACAGGCCUGACGAUGGUAGGUAAAGUUGUCACCCAGUUGGCCGGCACACUACCAGCAGGCACUCCGGAUGAGGAGGGCACGCCUCACAGUGUGAGUCGCCGCAGCCCCCACUCCCCCGGCGUGGUGACCAUCAUUGACACACACAGUGUUGGCGAAGGACAGGUCUUGGUGAGUGAGGACUCGGUUGGAGAAGGAGUGGUGGCUCACUUCCCAGCUCAUGACAAACCCAUAUCCUGUAUGCAAUUCAACCCCAGUGGAAUGCUGCUGGUGACUGCCGACACCCAGGGCCACGAUUUUCACGUCUUCCAGAUUCUCACCCACCCAUGGGCGUCCUCGCAGAGCGCCGUCCACCAUCUCUACACCCUGCAUCGAGGGGAGACUGAGGCCAAGGUCCAGGACAUGUGCUUCAGCCAGGACAGCCGCUGGGUAGCCGUCAGCACCCUCCGCGGCACCACCCAUGUGUUCCCCCUCAACCCCUACGGCGGCGCGCCCUGUGCCCGCACGCACAUGUCACCGCGCGUGGUCAACCGGAUGUCCCGCUUCCAAAAGAGCGCUGGUCUGGAGGAGAUCGAGCAGGAGCUGAACCGGGUGGCUACGUUAGGAGGAGGAGCGGGAGGAGGAGGCUGCAUCCUGGGUGGAGGAGGCGGCAUCGGGGGCCGUUGUAGCCCCAUACCCGGCCUGUCCAGCAGCCCUUCGGGGUCUCCAAUGCACGCCAAGCUGAGCAGCCAGGAUUCAUACAACAACUUCACCAACAACAACAUGGGGAACCCGCGGCUGUCCCCGCUGCCCAGCCUCACUGUGCUGCUGCCGCUGGCUCAGAUCAAGCAGCCCAUGACCUUGGGCACCAUCACCAAGCGCUCCGGACCCUACCUCUUUGGGGCGGGAUGUUUUGCCAUUAAAACUCCAUGCAAAGCUAAGCCGCCGCCUCAGAUCUCCCCAAGCAAGUCCAGUGGAGGAGAGUUCUGUGUAGCCGCCAUCUUUGCCUCGUCUCGGUCCUGGUUCAUCACCAACCCCACCAUGAAAAGAGAGAAAGAUCAGGCCAGGCAGUCGGUGGUCGAAUCGCUCUACAUCCUCAGUUGCUAUGGUAACUUGGUGGAGCAUGUCCUGGAGCCACGUCCAAUUAGCACCGCUCAAAAGAUUAGUGAUGACACACCUUUGGAGCUCAGCACCUGUCCAAGGGCCUGCUGGACUCUAGCCAGAACUCCCCAAUGGAAUGAGCUGCAGCCGCCCUUCAACGCCAACCACCCCCUGGUGUUGGCCUCCGACCUGGUGCAGUACUACCAGUAUCUUCUGGCUGCGAUGCCCCCAGGAAGUCCAGGCCCCAUCACCCGCCACGAGUCGUCAGACAGCCUGGCGUCGGACCACAGCGGUCAGGAGGAUGAGGAGUGGCUCUCUCAGGUGGAAAUUGUGACCCAUACAGGGCCUCAUCGGCGGCUGUGGAUGGGCCCCCAGUUCCAGUUUAAGACCCUUCACCCUUCAGGCCAGACCACAGUCAUCUCCUCCUCAUCAUCAGUCCUUCAAUCCCAGGGCCCCACUGAUGUCCAACAGCCUCUGUUGGACUUUGACACAGACGACCUUGACCUACACAGCCUGAGGAUCCAGCCGGUACGUUCAGAGCCGGUCAGCAUGCCCGGCUCAUCGCGGCUGGUGGCUGAUCGCAGAGGGCAGUCCAACAUCAUGGACACAGGAACAGGUCCUUUCGAUGGACGUGGGGUGACCUUGCUGGAAGUGUGUGGUAGCUGGCCGGAGAGCUUCGGCAUACCGCGGCACAACGUGGGCUCAGCGGACCCCAGUGACGAAGGCCUGCGAGAGAGACUGGCCGAUGCCAUGUCUGAGUCGCCCUCCAGGGACAUCGUGGGAUCCGCUACAGAGCUGCAGAGGGAGGGCAGCAUCGAGACCCUCAGUAACAGCUCGGGCUCCACCAGCGGCAGCAUCCCACGCAACUUCGAGGGCUACCGCUCCCCCCUGCCCACCAACGAGGGCCAGCCGCUCAGCCUCUUCCCGACCAACUUCCCCUAGACUCCCAGGAAGGAC